AUGGCAGACCAUGCCACGCCUGCUAAUGGCAAUGGCAAUGGAAAUGGCUACAUUCAGCACCACGUCGCGGGACCGCGGAGGGUACUGCAUGAUUCGGCUCACGACUCGUCGCUGGACGUCGAGACAAAGGCCGAACAGAUGAUGAGGAUGCGCGUGAAGGAUCUGGAGGAACAGAACGCUAUACUGGCCGAAAAGGCUACCUCUGCUUGUACGUGCAUUCGGAAUACCCUCCUCCGUGGCGUACAAGGCGCGGAGGGGCAGUGGAGAUCCAUCUUACUGACAUCGUAUCUAUUUCUACAGCCCAGCGCUUCGCAGAUUACGAGAACGAAAUUCGCGUCCUAAAGACCCGCAUGCGCGAACAGCAGGAACGCCACAAUACUGCGUCCUCUAUACCACCGACUCCUGAUUCAGAACAUUCGCCAGCGGCACCGCCGCCUGGCCUUUCACGCUUUGGCAGUUUCAUGCGCAAACCUCCUCCUGCACCGUCGGCCACGCCCACAGGUCCUACUGCACGGGAGCAAGAAUUGGAGGCCUCGUUCGCGAAAGAGCAAAGAGCGCGAGCGGAAGCUGAGAAGAAGGUGAAAGAUGUGAAUCUCGAGGUAGAAGAACUCAGUGUUACACUUUUCCAGCAAGCCAACGAUAUGGUCGCUGCCGAGCGGAAGGAGAAUGCGGCGCUGAAGGAGAAAAUCAAGGCGCUCGAGAGCGGCGGUGGAGGUGCAGCUGAGGCUAUGACGAGAGAAAAUCAGAUACUCAAGCAGAGACUGCAAGUCAUGGAGCAGCGUGAGCUGGACCGUCGAAGGAGAUUGGAAAAGCUGGAAGCCGCACAAAAGAGGAUCGAUCGAGUUCGCACAGUGCUCGUACCACCCUGA